AUGAUGCGACGAUCGUUACCGCGAGCUAUCCCAAAGCGAGCCCAGCUCUCCAACGCGACGCGACGAACACGAACGCCCUUUCCCGCUGCUCUCCGCGCCAUCACCACCACCAGCGUCAUGUCUGCGCCGACGAACCCGUACGCCUCUGCCCCCGCCGACGCCUUCCAGCUGCUGCCCGAGUCGCAAAAGGCGGGCGAGGCCGAGGACGCCCUUUACGAUGCGCAAAUCAAAGAGGUUGAGGCCUGGUGGGCGAGCCUAUCCAUACCCUCGGUGCCGUUGACCCGGUCCAGAUGA